AUGGUCCUUCGAGUCGGAUAUGAACCAGCGAUCUACGGAUAUAUAGUUCACGCAACAGUCGCAACCGGACACGACAAACGAAGCGAAAACUUAAGCUACUACAAACACAAGGAAUUGGCAGAGCCUCUGUACUCGAAUGAAUUACAUAGUGAAAAAAGCCAAGGUCGAUUUGCGAUUUGCGGGCAUACCCAUAAAUACUGCGGAGGAGCUUCUGGCAAACGGAAUGUGAAUGCGAUUUGUCCAACAGACGAGGAAGGCGACGACACCCGCGAGAACCUCAGCGGAGUCGCCGAGGGGCUCGUGGACGGGCUGGAGGAGGGCACGCUCUGGAUAUGCCUCAUCUGUGGACACGUGGGAUGUGGGAGGUACGAAGGGGGCCACGCCGCGAAGCACUUCCUGCAGUCCAACCACACGUACGCGCUGCAGCUCGGCUCCAACAGGGUCUGGGACUACGCAGGAGACAACUUCGUACACCGACUGGUGCAGAACAAGUCUGACGGCAAGCUGGUGGCGUCCGAGGGCGCCUGCGGGGGCAAGCACGACCACGAGUUCACCUACAUACUCACCGAGCAACUGGACACGCAACGCACUCACUACGAGGAGAAAAUCGCCAAGCUGGAGGGGGAGCGGGAGGCGGAGCGGGCGGCGCUGCAGGGGCGGGCGCGCGCCGCCGAGGCCCGGGCCGCUGACCUCGCCGCGCAGGUCGACGACCUCACGGCCCGCAACAAACAACUCGACCGGAAACUGCAGCAGCUCACCAACAAAUUAUCGGUUCUCCAAAACGAGUUGACGGAAGAGAGGGGCUUGGCGGCGGCCAUGGCCAGCAGCCAGUCGGAGUGGCAGGCCAGGGCUAAAGAAAAGGAGGAGAAUUUCACUAAAGAGGUAAGCGAUCUGAAGGAGCAACUCCGCGACGUGAUGUUCUUUGUGGAGGCGCGAGCGCAGCUGGAGCGGUCCGGCGCCGUGUCGCGCGACGAGCUUGCCGCCGCCACGCUGACCGUGCCGCCCCGCCCCGCCGCGCCGCGCCGCCGUCGCCGGUAGGGCCACGCAGCCGUCGCCGCGCCCCGCCCCGCCCCGCCCCGCCGCGAGCUCCAACACCUUCCUUUGUAAUCUUGAACAUUAGUAUGUAAAUGUGAAAAAUUCUGUGAUAAAUGUUUAGAAGACUAUGUACUUGAUUUAUUACAUAAUAAUAUGUGUGUUUUGCUGAGAUAAUUAAAUUUAUUUGUUCCAAUGUUUUAAACUAGCUCUGAAUUGAAGAACAAUAAAUAAAUAAA